UCAUCUCAAUUGAUGCAGAAAAACAGUUGAUAAAAUUCAAGGUUUCUUCAUUAUAAAAACCCUCAAGAAAUCAGAAAAGGAAAACUCAGUGGAAGAUCAUGGCCAGUUUAGACUGGGGAUAUGACGGCAACAAUGGUCCUGAACAAUGGAGCAAGCUGUAUCCAAUCGCUGAUGGAAAUAACCAGUCUCCUAUUGAUAUUAAAACCAGUGAAACUAAACAUGACGCCUCUCUGAAACCCAUCAGCGUCAGCUACAAUCCAAGCACAGCCAAAAAUAUUAUCAACGUGGGCCAUUCCUUCCAUGUAAAUUUCGAGGACCAUGAUAACCGUUCAGUGCUGAAAGAUGGCCCCCUCUCUGAAAGCUACAGGCUUUGCCAGUUUCAUUUUCACUGGGGCAGUACAGACGACCAUGGUUCCGAGCACACGGUGAACGGAGUCAAAUACUCUGGAGAGCUUCAUCUAGUUCACUGGAAUUCUUCAAAGUAUUCCAGCUGUGUGGAAGCUUCCUCAAAGGCUGAUGGUUUGGCAAUUAUUGGAGUUUUAAUGAAGGUUGGUCCGGCCAAUCCAAAGCUGCAGAAAGUGCUUGAUGCUGUAAAUGCAGUUAAAACUAAGGGUAAACAAGCCCCAUUCACAAAUUUUGACCCUGCUACCCUUCUUCCUUCCUCCUUGGAUUACUGGACCUACACUGGCUCUCUGACUCAUCCUCCUCUUCAUGAGAGUGUAACCUGGAUCAUCUGUAAGGAGAACAUCAGUGUCAGCUCGGAACAGCUGGCACAGUUCCGCAGUCUUCUAUCCAACACUGAAGGUGAUAGCCCUGUCCCUGUAAAGAAGAACAACCGACCAACCCAGCCUCUGAAGGGCAGAACAGUGAGAGCUUCAUUCUGAUAGGCUGAAAGAAAAGCUUAUUCCCGCUUAGGAACACAGUCCUGCUUCUAGCAUAAUCCAGUAAAAUAACAAUUUUGAAAAAAAAAUUAUUUCAAUACUUAAUAAGACAGCAUACCUACAAAUUUGAUCUGCAAAACCAAAAAACUUUCAUGUUCAUUCUUAAUGCUUAACAAAAAUAACAACCUAUAGGCUAGCAAAUAGUAAUCUGUAAGCAUCAAUUUAUGCUUAAACAAGUGUGUGGGAUUCUUUACGAUUGCAAUCAAGUGAUUGUAUCUUUUCCUAUUUUAUUCGCUUUAGUUGAACUAAUAAAAUCAUUUUAUCUCCUU